AGUUUAUAUGCCACACCCGACCAUUUAUCACACAUUCUUCUUGCAGUUGUCGUCGCCCCGAAGUAGGAACCCGAGAAACCCUAGAACUAUUUCGUUUAUCGGCAAUGGCUCGUACGAAGCAAACUGCACGAAAGUCAACCGGAGGAAAGGCUCCCCGCAAGCAGCUUGCUACAAAGGCUGCGAGGAAAUCGGCGCCGACUACCGGUGGUGUCAAGAAGCCCCAUCGUUACCGCCCUGGAACUGUUGCUCUCAGGGAGAUUCGCAAAUAUCAGAAGAGCACCGAGCUUCUAAUCCGAAAGCUACCCUUCCAGAGGCUUGUUCGUGAGAUUGCGCAGGAUUUCAAAACGGAUCUGCGUUUCCAGAGCCACGCUGUUCUUGCUCUGCAGGAGGCAGCGGAGGCAUAUCUUGUUGGACUUUUUGAAGACACUAAUCUGUGCGCUAUUCAUGCUAAGAGGGUUACAAUCAUGCCCAAGGACAUUCAACUUGCCCGCCGUAUCCGUGGGGAGCGCGCCUAGGUUUCAUUAAUUGUCUUAGUCUUUGAUGAAUAUGCUCAUUACUGUUUAUCUGUUCCGUUUUUAGUCUUAAUUCACACAACUAUCUGUAUAUUUAUUUAUUUAUUUUCAAAUCUGAAAACUUGUUACUAGUUUGACCUAUAUUGUAUUUCUAUUUGGUUAUAACUUUAUAAUCUAUUAUAAAUA